UGAUUUCAGUAAGCAGCAGGCAGACAGUAGAAACCCUCUCAUCUCAUUCCGUUCAUUCAUUUCUGUUUGCCCAUUUUAUUGUUUCAAACUCGCUGCUUCACCAACAGCAAGCAACGACAGCAGAACGUCUCUCUCCACGAAAACCAUCCGAGAACCACCUUCAAACUCCUCCUGCAAUCGACCCCCGAACUCCCUUCCCCUUUGCAAUCUCACCACAAAUUCGAUCAGCCACCGGUCCCGAUUCGCCUCCAAACCCUGCCCCAAUCCCACCCGCAUUGCUCGUCUCCCCAGAUCUGGAGCUCCAGGUGCGGCUCCAGAUCCCGCGCUCUCUCGUAGCCUCUCGGCGCCGGACGGCAAGCUGGCUCCGCAGAAGCGGUCGCAGCGCGGCGGCGGGGGCAGUGGUACGGCCGCCGCCGCCGCUGCCGCCGCCUCGUCCGCCGCGGGUGACUCGGGUGACGCGGUGAUGGCGCGGUGGCUGCAGUCCGCGGGGCUGCAGCAUCUCGCGGUGUCCUCUUCUGCGCCUGGGCCGGGUCCUGGGAUGGGGAUGGGGAUGGCCGGGGACCUCCGCGAUGGCAGUGGCGGCGGCAUGCUCCCGAACCUUCUCAUGCAGGGAUAUGGGCCCCAAUCAAUUGAAGAAAAACAGAAGCUUUACAUGCUAUUAAGGAGUCUGAAUUUUAAUGGUGAGUCAGCAUCUGCACCUAUAUCUGAGCCCUACACACCAACAAGCCAGAGCUUCAGCGGUGGCCCUACCAUAGAUGGAUUCUAUUCCCCUGAACUCAGGGGUGAAUUUGGAGCUGGCCUUUUGGAUCUUCAUGCGAUGGAUGACAGUGAGCUUUUUUCUGAGAAUGUAGCAUCAGAACCAUUUGAACCUUCUCCCUUUGUGCCAAAGGAAACUGAUGAUGACGAGGACGAUGUAAUGUCAGGAAGCCAGCAAGGUCUAUCAGAAAAUUACAGUGGUGGAAUCACCAGCGAAAGAGAAAACAAUACUAGAGAAAGUAAUGUAGCAAAGAUUAAAGUUGUGGUAAGGAAGAGGCCUCUGAACAGAAAGGAGAUAUCUCGUAAGGAGGAGGAUGUGAUAGAUGUACAUAAUUCUCAAUUCUUGACUGUUCAUGAACCUAAACUAAAGGUGGAUUUGACAGCUUAUGUGGAAAAACAUGAAUUCUGCUUUGAUGCUGUCCUGGAUGAGGUCGUCACUAAUGAUGAGGUGUACCGUGAGACUGUGGAGCCCAUUAUACCGAUAAUUUUCCAAAGGACGAAAGCAACAUGUUUUGCAUAUGGACAGACAGGUAGUGGCAAGACAUAUACAAUGCAACCCCUACCUCUCAGGGCUGCACAGGAUAUGGUUCGUCUUGUGCGUCAGCCUGUGUACCGGAGUCAACAUUUCAAGUUGUGGCUUAGCUACUUUGAGAUAUAUGGCGGCAAGCUAUUUGAUCUUCUCAGUGAAAGGAGGCCACUCUGCAUUAGAGAAGAUGGAAGGAAACAGGUCGUCAUUGUUGGUUUACAGGAAUUUGAGGUUUCUGAUGUCCAGAUUGUCAAAGAAUACAUUGAAAAAGGAAAUGCCUCGAGAAGCACAGGGUCAACUGGGGCAAAUGAAGAGUCGUCACGAUCUCACGCCAUUCUGCAAUUAGCUGUGAAAAGACAUAUCCCAGUGACUGAGACCAGGAGACAGAGAGAUCGUGAUGCUAAUGAAGCUAAGAAUACGAAGCUUGUGGGAAAAAUGUCAUUUAUCGACCUUGCUGGAAGUGAGCGUGGUGCUGAUACAACAGAUAAUGACAAACAAACAAGAAUUGAGGGUGCAGAAAUAAACAAGAGCCUUUUGGCUCUUAAGGAAUGCAUUCGGGCACUGGAUAAUGAUCAAAUACAUAUUCCUUUCAGAGGGAGCAAGCUAACUGAGGUGCUUCGUGACUCGUUUGUUGGCAACUCUCGAACAGUAAUGAUUUCUUGCAUCUCACCAGGUUCAGGUUCAUGCGAGCACACUCUAAAUACCUUGAGAUAUGCUGACAGGGUUAAGAGUCUUUCGAAAGGUGGAAACUCAAAAAAAGAGCAGUUCACUGGGCAGUUUGUGUCCUCUAGUAAGGAAUCUACCCAAACUUCAUAUCCAUUAUCGGGUGAAACUGAAGAUAGUAUGGACCAGAUUCAAGAGAACAGGCAUAUUGAUGCUUCAAAGAAAGGUGUUGAAAUAAGUUCUUCAGUGGAUCCUGAUAGGAGCUCAUUUGGUAUGGUUCCAAGUUAUCCACAUAGGGGAAAAGAAGAAACUAGUUCAUCAUCAGGUUUAAAUGAUAGAGUUGAUUCGAAAUCUAACCCGACUGGUUAUGGUAGUAAAGCGCAGUCACUUCAAAAUUCAGUUAAUUCACAAGAAGAGGAUAAUAAAGUUGCAAAAGUCUCACCUCCUCGGAGAAAAGCUAAUAGGGAGGAGAAACCUGAAAGGCAGGGAAACCAUGUGAAAAAGGAAAAUGGGCCAGAGGUAAAUCGGACCAUUCAUAAACAGCAACUAAAACAGCAGCAACAAAGGCCAUCAUCUACCUCGGCAUCACAGGUUUCAUCGAAACAGUCUGAAAAGGAAAGUUCCUGUGACGAUAUGGAAAUAAAUGCAAUACUCGAGGAAGAGGAAGCAUUGAUAGCAGCUCACAGAAAGGAAAUUGAAAAUACUAUGGAGAUAGUGCGGGAAGAGAUGAACCUCUUAGCAGAAGUUGACCAGCCAGGUAGCCUUAUUGACAAUUAUGUGGCACAACUGAAUUUUCUCUUGUCACGGAAGGCUUCAGGCUUGGUCAGUCUCCAGGCGCGCUUAGCAAGGUUUCAGCAGCGCCUCAAAGAAGAGGAGAUUCUUAGCCGUAAGAAACCACCAAGAUAGUUUAACCUGAAAAUGAACACCCUUUGGCCUGUCAUGAAUUAUGAGGAGCUCUUAACGAGAGGUAUGUUUUACACUGGUCGCUCAUACGAUUACACUGUACAACUUGGGAGCUGGAAGACGACUUUGUCUAAAAAACUGGAAGAACUAGAACUCGGUGAGUUUUAAAAAGUUAGAUACUGGUUUUUGUGCAGGCGCUUGGUUUUGAGGUUUUGUCAUCAGUUCACUCAUUUUUCUUUUCUUCUAAAGGGUUGUUUUGUUAAUUUUUUCCUGGUGGCGGCAUGGGUUAUAACUGUUGUACGAAUAUAGUGUUAUCGUUGUUUGAAUAUAUUGGUGGCAAACUGUGAUGGUGAGAAAAUUAUCCUUGUAACUCGCCGACAUGGCGACAUAGAAUGCAUUGUUGUAUUAUUUGCAUCAAGAAAGGAAGGGACAGUAUUGCAAUAAGAUUUUCAGAAGUUCCAAUGAC